CUUGCGGAAACGGCGCAUCGGCGGAUCCUUGCAUGCUUGCUCGAGCCACAGUGGAAAGAUUUUGCUUUGCCGGACAACUGAGCGGGUUUUUGACGUGUAUUCAUCGCCAUGUCGUCUCUUCUGAAGGUCGACCGGGACCUGAAGACCAGGGUGGAAACGUUCAGGGAGCAGAUCAGCAGUGAGGCCGAGCACCUGGUUGCCAGCUUCUUCCCUAAAAAGCUCCUGGAGUUGGAUCAAUUUCUCAAGGAGCCCAUUCUCAACGUGGUCGACCUGAAAGAGAUCCAUUCAGAGGUUAAGUUCAAAGUGCCAGAGCCCAUCCUCUUCACCAACAGCCAUGAUGGCGUGGACCUGAACACCAAGAAGAGGAAACUAGAGGACGGAGUCACUGAUGAGAGCUGGCAAGGGGGAACCAAAACCGUGGUGGUGCCAGAGGGGAUGUUGAAAUGCAACACCAAGCUGGUGGACCUGAUUGAACGAGUCAAACCAGAGAUCAGGACAUUGAUUGAGAAGUGUAACACAGUAAAGAUGUGGGUCCAGCUGCUCAUCCCCAGAAUAGAAGAUGGAAAUAACUUUGGAGUCUCCAUACAGGAAGAGACGGUGGCAGAGCUGAGGACGGUGGAGUCCGAGGCAGCGUCUUACUUGGACCAGAUCUCCAGAUAUUACAUCACCAGAGCCAAGCUCGUCUCCAAAAUUGUCAAGUACCCUCACGUGGAGGACUACAGGAGAACUAUCACAGAGAUCGAUGAGAAGGAGUACAUCAGUUUGAAAAUCAUCGUUUCAGAGCUCAGGAAUCAAUAUGUGAUUCUUCACGAUAUGAUCCUGAAGAACAUUGAGAAGAUCAAGAAACCCAGAAACAGCAACGCUGAAGCUCUUUACUGAUGACCUCUACACAACAAAACGCACACACACACACACAAUACCUGAGCUCAGUCAAACCGUACAUGACCAAUUAUUCUCGCUGUUGUUCUGGAGUACCUGAUGGUUUUGGGGUUUUACAACCUGAAGACAAUUCAUGAAGUGUCAAAUGAGAGGCUGCCUUUGGACGGAUGGUGUGCUGAUAUUCAGUAUUGAAAAGUUGAAAUAUAACUGUGCUCACAAUUCAAUAUGUGAAACCAUAGUGAGCUGUAAACAUGAUACAUGAUAUGAUGUAGAGGAAGCCAUGAAAAUGCAUUUAAAAAUCACACACACACACACACACACCUCCAUCUUUGUUUUUAGUUAUUUGUCCUUACUCUGCAGUCAUCCACAUGCUUUCUGACAUGUUACCUUCAGUUUGGGUUUUCCAGUACUCUGGAAUCUGACCUCGGACAAUUCCUCUCCCAUAAUUAUCCCGACUGCAAGCUGCUGUAGCAAAGACCGCCCCCAUGGCCGUCCUCCCAUCUGCUCCACUGGGACCGAAGCUCAGAGAUUCCUGCUGCUCUCCCACCCCCGGAUGCUGUUCCUCUCCCAGGAUUUAUCAUCUUUUCUUAAAUGGUUUUGUUGUUUUUGGCCCCAUGUUGCCUGACCCCCACAGGGAGGUUUUUCUUUGUUCAGCUCUCUCUCGGUUGACUGUCAAACUGUUAAGCGACCAUCAACUCACAUAGGAUGCAGACCGCUUUCCUCUGGGCCUCAGAAAACAGCUGUAGUUGUGUAGCUUUAGUGUUGUAGUUAUCCUGACACACACAUUUGACUGUACAGUUUAUAAAGACAUAAUGGAGGAUUCUUGCGUCUUUAUUUCUCCCCCUGCCCACUCCACUUUCUUUUGUCUUGCACUUGCAGCAUCUUUGCAUCACAAUGACGUGAAUACACGAUUGCAUCCCAAGAAAAAACAGAAACACUGGAGGUCCAUACACACAUUGAACCUGGGACACUGUGACUGGUCUGCACUGACAGACAGCAGUGUGCUACAGUGUGCAUGAAGGGUUGGAAACUUGCUGGAUGAUUGUUCUUCUAUAAGAAUGCAAACUCAACAAUGUGCCUCCGUGUAUCUGUCUCGUGUGAUCAAGCAGGCUUGUACUGGAACUAGAAGUGUUUUGUCAAACGCUUUAGAAUACAGCAUGAGUGUCUGGGUUCACUUCAACAGUUCAGUCUUCAAUCUUCACCAGAUUCAUUGUGAUGUAACAAUGUUUUGUAUUGUGUUCACCUCAUGAAGCGAUACUGAAGCCUGGUGCUUUUAAAACUAUUUUGCAGCUCGACUGUUCUAUGGAAGAUGACAGUGAAGUCGGGGGCUGACAGUGAAGUCGGGGACUGUCUUUAAAGUGCAUGCAAAUUGUGAUUUAAUUUGAAGCCUUUAAGCGUAUAAAGGAAUGAAGGAACAGACCAGGUAAGGGCUGCUACUUUGUCCAAAAGUCUAGUUAAAACAAAUUCAAACAAAUAAAUUGGAAUGCAA